GUGGGGGGGGUGCGAUGCGCAUGCGCGACGCCUGUCGCCGGGCCGUCUGUGUGAGGUAAAGGAGGCGGUGGAGAAAGCCAGGCGGGCGGCGCCGGAGGAGGGCGCGAGGGGAGGGGCGGAAGAAGGAAGCGAGCCGGCCGCCGUCGGGAGAAGCGGAGGGGCAGCCGAUUGGGCCCAGUCCCGGCCCCGCCGCUGCGGCCAUGAAUAGCGUCGGGGGCGCCGAUGAGAUCGGGAAGUUGUUUGUGGGCGGCCUUGAUUGGAGCACAACACAAGAAACGCUCCGUAGCUACUUUUCCCAAUAUGGAGAAGUUGUUGACUGUGUAAUAAUGAAAGAUAAGACGACCAAUCAGUCACGGGGAUUUGGAUUUGUCAAGUUCAAAGAUCCCAACUGCGUGGGGACCGUCCUGGCCAGCAGGCCCCAUACAUUAGAUGGACGAAAUAUCGAUCCAAAGCCCUGUACCCCUCGAGGAAUGCAACCAGAGAGAUCACGACCAAAGGAGGGAUGGCAGAAAGGAUCCAGGAGCGACAGUAAAUCAUAUAAAAUUUUUGUUGGUGGGAUCCCUCACAACUGUGGUGAGACGGAGCUCAGGGAAUACUUCAAAAAGUUUGGAGUGGUCACUGAAGUGGUAAUGAUCUAUGAUGCAGAGAAGCAGCGGCCCCGAGGUUUUGGAUUUAUUACUUUCGAGGACGAACAAUCAGUGGACCAGGCUGUCAACAUGCAUUUUCACGACAUCAUGGGCAAAAAAGUGGAGGUGAAGCGGGCCGAGCCUCGGGAUAGCAAAAGCCAGACGCCGGGGCCAACGGGCACCAGCCAGUGGGGAAGUCGGAUCAUGCCGAGUGCCGCAAACGGCUGGGCAGGGCAACCACCACCUACCUGGCAGCAAGGCUAUGGCCCUCAAGGCAUGUGGGUACCAGCAGGACAAGCACUUGGUGGGUAUGGCCCCCCUCCUCCAGGCCGAGGAGCGCCGCCGCCGCCGCCACCUUUUACCUCGUACAUCGUCUCUACACCUCCAGGAGGAUUCCCACCCCCGCAGGCCUUCCCACAGGGAUACGGCACCCCUCCGCCCUUCAGCUUUGGCUAUGGUGCUCCACCUCCUCCACCUGACCAGUUUGCCCCUGCUGGCGUUCCUCCACCACCUGCCACCCCUGGGGCCACACCACUAGCUUUCCCACCGCCACCGCCACCAUCUCAGCCAACUCAGGACAUGAGCAAGCCACCGACCGGCCAGCCAGAAUUCCCCUAUAGUCAGUUUGGGUAUGGACAAGACUUGAGUGGUUUUGGACAAGGCUUCUCCGAUCCCAGCCAGCAGCCCUCCUCCUAUGGAGGCCCUACUGUACCACCCUCAAGUGGGCCACCCGCAGGGGGCAGUGGUUUUGGCCGUGGACAGAACCAUAACGUUCAAGGUUUUCACCCCUACCGACGCUAGCACCACCCGCCUAGAAAUCAGGGAGUUCUGUCCAGAGCAGGAUAUCUGGUACCAGCUGAACCCAGGCAUCCUAGGCCUCUGAACUUGUGACAAUCACCUACUUGCCGGAGGGAAGAAACAAACCACAAACGUAACAUCUGGGGGGGGGGGGAGCAUUGGGGGAGGAGAAAGCUUUUGAGAACGAAGCUGUGGGUGGUGUUUGGACUGCAGUUUUUAAUUUUUUUUCCUUUCUCUAACCCAUCAGCACAAAUAAAGAGCGUGUCACUGGUUCAAACAACAGGGUUUUAAAAAACGUCUUCAGCUUUAAUUAAAAACUUCAGGUUUCUUUCUCUAUUUUUGUUGGAAAUUUUUUUUCCCCGAGCCUUUGUUUUACCAUAUAUUGUAAACUUUUAUGUUUAAAGAAGAAGAAGAAGAAAUAUAUACAUUUACAGAUUGUGAGAUUUUUAAGAGAAAUUUUUCUACUAUGUAUGCUGGCUUAUUUUUAAUUUAAAAAAAAGAAAAAAAAACAGGGUUUCCAUUAGCGUUGCUUAGAUGCAAGCGAGGGUCAGCUCCCAACUCCUUUGUUAGCGUGGUUGGGCCAGAAACUCUGGGAGUUAAAAAAAAAAAAUCUACUGUGUGUGUUUGUGUUUCUUUUUUUUUUAUCAGUUUCUGAGCUGGUAACAGCACAGGGAUGGAAUUGUUGGAAAGGCACAGUGUCACUUCCGAAGCACAGCAUUUCAAUCUGGGCUUCAGGUUCUUUAGAGAAAAAAAAUAUCCUUUUGGGAUGUGGAUUUCAUUAAGGGGUUGAUGGAGGCCUUGCGAAGAUGUAGAUUUCCCUCAGGCAAAAACUUUUUAAAAAACGGUGCAUUUCGCACUAACCAGCGAUGACCCCUGGUUUGAAUAAAGAGAAGUACAUUUGGAUUAGAAACACAAA